AUGGAGAGGUCGCAGCUGGAGGUGCUGGCCACGGCGGCGCGAGGGACUGAGGGGACGUCGGUGCUGAGCAUGCUCAAGUAUGCCGUACCGCCCAUCGCCAAGGUGUUCACUGUCUGCUUCAUGGGGUUCCUCAUGGCCUCCAAGUACGUCAACAUUCUCCAGCCCAACGGCCGCAAGCUUCUCAAUGGGCUUGUGUUUUCCCUUCUGCUUCCAUGCCUUAUAUUUUCCCAAUUGGGUAGAGCAAUCACUAUGGAGAAGAUGAUACAAUGGCGUGCUAUAGGGCUCUUGAUUUCUGAUGUGUGA